CGGGAGCCUCCGGCCCCCACCUCCCCGUCUCUCCCCCUGCUCCGUGCUGGGGUUGGCGAGGCGAGAGCCAUGAAUGUAUUGCCAACUUUCCUCCAGACGCGCGCUGUACGGCGGGUCCUUGCGCUCCGGGAGCGCACGCAGAGGCGGAUCAGCCAGGAUGCUUCAUCCAGAGCAUGUUGAGGAAGAUGCGGCCGCAAGAGACUGCCCUUCCAGCUAAACCUGCAUGUCAGAAUGGCCGCCACAGAAGCUGCCUGCACUGGGAACAAACCUGGAGCCAAAUCUCCACCAGUAGAGGAAGGCCAUCACCAUCAGCGGAUGCAGGAAGAGAAUGGGGCAGCCGACCAGCUCUCUGAGCACAGCGAUGCCUCCUUUGCCACGGUGGAGCCGAGCCGCCAGCCGCCACCUGCUGGGAAGCUCAGGAAGACUGCCUUCAAGCUCUUUGGUGGGAAGCGAAGCAUCUGCACCCUGCCCAGUUUCUUUGGUGGGAAAAACAAAGGUCAGGGAAAGGGAGCUGCGAAAAAGGGCCUGAGCAAGAGCAAGACACACGAUGGCAUCAGUGACGUGGGGUACGAAGAGGCCAACUCGGGUGGCGGAACGGACUUCCCUCCUGCACAGCUGCCGAGUUCUCAGAGCGCUCUCCUGGGAGCAGAUGCCAGCCUCAGGGUUGGUUUUGUCCGACCGUCGGUAUCCCUGUCCGGAAGCUCUGAAGGCUUUGAGAAGAAGCCCAGUGGGGAGAAAUCCUUGUUCCUUCCACGGUCUAAGAAGGGACUCAGGGGCCUCUUCAACAGCAUCCGGCGCCACAGGAAGAGCAAAAGCACUGAGCCCGAGAGGACUGAGUUGCAGGAGUGGACUUCACGGGAUGCUGUGGCUGGACAGCCCAGUGCAAGUAAGCAGAAGAGGGGUGCCGAAACCCAGCAAGUCUUGAAGCAGGGAAGCCUAAAAAGCACUGCACUUCCUCCAGAACAUGGGGAGCAUUUUCGUGAUGACGCUUCUUUUUCACCUGGAGUAGCGGCUGGUCUCAAUGAGUCAAGAGAGGAGGUCCAACCGGUGGCCAAUGAAAGCAGUUCUGUAGGGGAUGCAGCCAGAGGAGGGAUGGGCAGCGAAGGCUCUCGAGAUGCAGAGCUGGAUACAGAUGACACCCUCUGUGCUAACUCUGUGUGCGGAGAGCUCCCUGAUGCUCUCCAGUCUGAGGACCUAGACAGCAGCCCUCCCUGUGUCCCAUCUGGGGACCAGCUCAGCUUGAUGUUUGGAGAUGUCACUUCCCUCAAAAGCUUCGACUCCCUUACCGGCUGUGGAGACAUCAUUGCUGAACCAGAUAUCGACAGCAUUGCCGAGAGUGCCACCACCACAGAGCGUGGCAGGGAUGUGGCCAAGAGGAGCUCCUGCCUAGUUACUUACCAGGGUGGAGGGGAGGAGAUGGCCAUGCCGGAUGACAUAGAGGAGUAUCUCCAGCAGAUGUGGGAAGGUGCCGCCAAAGCAGAUGCUGGAUACGAAACACGCCUUCCGGAACUCAUGGCAAAAUGUGAGCAUCAGGGAGUGAAUGGUGGCAAGCCAGAGGUCCUCCUCUAUCCUGAAGGCACAAGGGGUGACGUGGACCUCUUAACACCACACAGUGACCAGCAAGAAUCUGCUCCCAACAGCGAUGAGGGGUAUUAUGACUCUACCACUCCAGGUCCUGAUGAUGAAACUGGCGAUGGGCUUGAAGAAAUUAAGAAGGACCGCCUCCCGAGGGACAGCUACAGUGGCGAUGCGCUGUAUGAGUUCUAUGAAACUGAUGAUGCCCUCAUGAGCCCCACUCAUGCUGAUGAAUCUUGGUUUGGUAGCAAAGUGUCCCCACCAGAGAUCUUUUCCAUGAGCCAGUUCUUUGACUUUGCUCUCCCUGACGAGAAGGAUUUGGUGCAGAUAAUGGGCCAGAAGAAGGAAGUGAUGGAAACGGAGGAGGAGAGGCUGGCUUCCAUUCAGAAGCAGCUGCUCUUUUGGGAGAUGCAGAGGGAGCCAACCAUGAAAGACCUGGAUAUCCUCAGCAAAGACCAGCACCACCCCAGAGAAAAGCUACAUACGGAAUGUAACACGAAAGUGACCAGCUUAACCAACAAGAGUCUGAGUGGCCUUGGCUUCGAUCAAAUGUCUCCCCCUGCUUUGAACAGUGGCCUGGAUGCUGGAAUUCUAACCGAGAAGCAAGAGUGGAAAGAUUUCAAGGAGAUGCUGUGCCCAGAGAAGCACUACCAUGGCAGUGGGGGCCCUAAAGUGCACAGUGGGGGCCUUUUUCAGCACGUGGAAAAUGGCUCAGUGUUGGAUUCAGAUAGAGGGCAUCCAGGGCUUGAACCGGGUGCUUUAAGUGGCCUGGAGAAUUCCGUGACAUUCCCUUUCUUCAAAACGCACAGCUGUCCACUCAAUGAGCAGCCAAGCAGAACCGAAGCUGACUUUGGGGAGCCUCCCAACAUGGAAAAUGAACCAGAACAGGCCGUUAACUUCUCCCAGGCAUUGGUGGAGUUUACCAGCAGCGGGACUCUCUUCUCCAGCCUCUCUGAAAGCCUUGGGAGCUCUGAUUCAGGCUCUGCGUUCACUCAGAAUCUCCCCGCCCUCCCAACGAUGGUCACGUUCGACAUUGUCGACGUGGAGCAAGAGGGUGAAGGGGAGUGCGAGCAGCACCUGGGGAUGAACACUGAUGAGGACAUCGCUGCAUCCUUUGAGGCCUUUGACGAUAGCUACGUUGCAAAAGAAUCCUUCGCCGAAUGUGACGAGAGAAUGUUUCCUGUGUGCUUCCAGAGCUCUUUCCAAAGCUGCAACUGGGGUGUCACCAGCCUUCCCCGGCGCAUGAGGCUUCAGGAGAUGAGUCCUCCCAUGCCGGAGCCUCUUUCCAGCUGCAGGAGGAGCAGGUCCCUUGACACUGAGAGCUUGGAGUUCGAGCUGGCUAGCUUGCAGCUCUCCAAGGGUGGCUUCAAGCCUUUUGACCUCUGGUCUCGAUGGAGUGGCUGCAGGAAGGAUCCUGUGUCUCCUGGUCUAGAUGCAGACCGUGAAAAUGCUCUGGGCUCUCCAGAAGGAAGGGAAGGAAGUGCUGCUGCUGUUUUUCCUUGGGCAGAGCUGCAACAGAAUGUAUCAGGCAGGGAGAAUUUUCCCUCGCAAGGCGUGAAACCGUGGGACUGUGAUCUGAGCACUUCAGCCUUCCAGAGCACGUGGGGCGCAUCAGAACAGCCAGGUAUUGAAGCACCUUGCAUGCCCCUGGUGCAGGAAUCCACCAAGGAGCCUGAUGGGAAACCUCACGCAGAUGGGGCCAGCCAUCCAGCGCUGAUGGCAACCAGACCAAUGGCCAGGCCAUCCAAUUUGCCUCUGCAGACUCCUGCUGUGCCCCAGGAGGUGUGUGCCUCCCACAGGCCUGGUGGGGAUAGCGCAGGUAAAAAACUUGCUUGGGUCCUUCCUUUGGGAGAGAAGGGGGCUGAUCUGCCCCCGGACCCCAGCUUUACUCAUUCCCCCGACAAGCCAGCAAUGUGCAAACCUGCAGGUGUGACGCAAGGAAUGUCCCAGCUUCACAGCAAGCAGUGCUGAGACCUCCUGAUGGCAAGGCUGAGCAUCGUGGGAGUGCCGACUCUCUGAUCUGCAGAAAGGGAAAGCCCCCAUGUUGGAGGUGGCUGCUUGUGCUGCCAGCUGUUGGAACACCGCGAUGAAUGUAACAGUAGCCAAAUAGCUUGCAGGAGAGGGUUAAAGGAGGAUUAGGGUGGGUUUGGUUCCCUAGGGCCUGCAGGGAGACUUGGAACGUUACAGAUGGUUAACUUUGAUUUGAAAUUAGGUGGUGGUGGUAACAAAUGCUUUCAUUAGUGGUGGGUAAGGCAGAGUGUGCCUGAUAGGACUUCUGUUAUCACUCAUCACUGCUUGAUUGUGCUUCUUGUUGGGUUGAUGCUGAAUUGCACUUCCAUAGUGUGAACCACUGUUAAUCCUGAACACAAUACAGGGGAGAUGUGCCAACACCCUGGCUUGGAGAUAUUCAGAUAUGAUGUAAGAGAGCUCUGGAAUAUCCAGCUUGCCCUUUAGUUAAAAGCAGAAAAAAACAGUUUCUUAAAACUGACUAACUGGGUGCUUUUUAAAACAAACAAACAAACAAACAAGUGGUUGUAACAACUUUAAGAAAUGGGAUGGUUUGCCGGUGGUAAAAAAAACCCCGAUUUGAUGAACGUUUUGUGUUUUUGACAGCACAACCCUACUGUGCAUUCCUUCUCCAGAAGCACUCCUUGCUCUCAGCUAGGGGGUGCAUUGGGUUGCAGCCUUGUAGUGCAGUCCUGUGCAGAUCUACUCAGAAGUAAGUGCCACCCUUUUCCAAAGGGGGAGGGCUACUUACUAGUAGGCAGUUGUGUAUGCAGAGCCAUCUGUAUCAGGUGGCAUUUUGGAGAUAAAAUAAGACCUGCAAAGUGUGUUGCCUGCCAGGGUUGGGUGGGUAAGAGUGGCAAAGCAUUGGGCAUGUGGUUAUAAUGAGUCAAAGUUUGGCCAGGGGAGAAGAAGAACUAAGAAGACCUUUAAAAAUUUGGCGUAGUUUAUGGAUGGUGUCAGAGUGGAGUGGCACCCGAGCGAUUGCAGAACUGCAAACUUCAAGAAGAUAUGGUGUGUGUGCGCGCGCGUUUUAAGCUAAAAGCAGCAAACUCUGUUUCAAACUGUACCUCUUUUUAAAGAUUUGAAUCCCAUUAUUUCCUUACAACUAAAUCUCACUCAGUGGGAUGUCCAAUGAAAUGAAUUCUCCUGUGUGUCCCCAGAACAGAGCCUCCCCCCCCAAAAAAAAUAAUAAUUUACUCUUGAAUACUUGGGUUCUAAUGCAAAUCUGGGCAAGCGUAUUCAUCAUACUGUGGUUUAACUGGUUUGUGUAAUGCAAGGCUGGUGUUCUGUUGUUUGUAAAUAAACUAUAUCAAGGAUGGGGAACCUGUGGCUCCCCAGGUGUGGGUGGGCUACAGCUCCCGGCACCCCUGACCAUUGGACAUGCUGGCUAGGGGUAAUGGGAGUUGGCUAUAUGAUAGACUUCGGCUUGUAGAUGCCAUGUUGCAAGGCCAAAUGUAUCCUUCAUUGGAAAAUCUGUUUCCUCUCUUCCAUGUAGGGCUGGCCCAAGAAGUUGAUUGGAAAAUCCAAAUCUUUCCACACAUGCAAACAGAUGCUACUGUUUAAUCAGCCAGAAAAGUCUGCAUCAAGACUCCACUUGAAGGGAGCUUGUGAAAGCAUGUUGGAGCUAUUGGUGGGGAUAUACAGGAGGGCUUCUUGGUGGAUUGAGCCCCAGGAAUCAAUUCUGUUUACCUCUUGCUCAGCUGCCCCUUAUGGGACUGCAACAUCUACUGCUUGAGGUGGACAUAAGAGAGCCUCUGUUGGAUCAGGCCUAUGUAGUUCAGCUUAGUUUUUCUAACUGUGGCCCAUCAAAUGCUUCCAGGAAGGCGGCAAGCAGGGCUUGAAGGAAACAUUCCCCCCCCUUUGAUCAACUUGUCUUGUGAGAAACCUGCCAUGGCCUUCCACCCAGAAGUGAUCUUUCUGAAAGGUAAGGCUGGCAGUAGAGGAGGGUCCUCAGAAAUGCAUGAACCUAGCACUGAUCUGUCUAGCCGAAUCUGGUCAACUCUUGACUAGCAGAAGCUGUCCAGGGAUUCAAAUGUGUGUGUGGGUGGGUGUCUUCAAAGCCCACUACGCAAGGGGACUUUUUUGGUUGCAGGGGGAGGAGAUGCAAGAACCAAAGACUGGGGUGUCCUACAUUGGGAAUGGGGAAUCUGGCUCUCUGGAUGGUGCUGGAUUCCCAUCAGCCCCAACCAGCAUGGGAGCUGUGAUUUGUCUUCUGGUCCAGAAACACCUGGAGAGCCACAGGUUCCCCUCCCCUGCUGCACAUGCAGAGCAAAUGUUCUGCUGCUAAGGUGGGCCUUGCCCUCUUGUUAAUUCGCUCUGGAAGACUCAUAUCUGGCACGGUAGCUUUUAGGGAAAAUCAUUUUGAAAGAGGUGGUGCACAACUUGCUGCUUUGCUCAAGGAGUGCCCAUACCUGCUAGUAUUUGGUAGCUAAUAAAUCAGAGAAGAAGACCAGCAAGAGGAAAAUCCUACAUUAAAGCCAAGUCCCUUGAAGCUGCUGUCAGUACAAGGGAAACUUCAGAGGAAGGGCCCCACCUCACUGCAUUCAAAAGAUCCCAGGUUCAUUCCUCAGUGGCACCUGCAGGUGGGGCUGGAAGGGGAUCCUGCCUGAAACCUUGGAGAUUUGCUGCCAGUCAGUGUAGACAGCACUGAGCUAGAUUGGCAAAAUGUUCUGAUUUGGUAUGAAGCAGUUUCUUACAUUCUAUCUUCCCUUCACUCUUGGUUUCUUUUUUUUAGCAGUAUGUAUGUAGUAAGACUAUUUUUUUUUAUAAACAAAAAAAAAAACACCUCUGACCAGUCUCUUAUGAAAGAUUGAUCUUAUUUCCUGCUGUAGCUCAGAGCCAGCCAAAGAGGGUGAGGAACCUGAGGUGGAAAAUCCAAAUGGUUUAUGCGUACCUGAAACUAGAUAAGAUAGCAUCAAGAAGUUUUCUUGCACUGGGCUCUUGCUGUUCCUUUGUGGGGCACUUCCUGUUCAUUCCAGCAGGGCUCAGCUGAGAGAGAGUGUUGAUGUACUUAACCCAAAGGCCAGAUCUAUCUCUGUCUCUAGUACUUCAUGGCACAACAAAUCUCCUAUCUGAUGUGGCUGUUCAUCAUUUGCCCACCUCCAAAGGAGGAUUAGCCAUGUGAGAUGGGUUGCCAGGUUUUUACCUUUCUGUUAUCUCAUGUGGAUAAACAUCCCCUGAAGUUCAGAGGGGGCUAAGCAUGUGGCAAAAGGGUGUGUGUGGAGUUCUGAGCUAGCCAAGAUUUCCUCCCUCAAUUGAGAACUACAUGCCGACCUUUUCCACAUACAUCACCCACUAUGAAGGAUGCUUCCUCACAUGAGAGAACCUAGGCAACUGAUAGCCCACCCUGUCCCAAAUGCUAGUGCAGAGGUGCUCUGACAUGGCAGAGAGUCCAUGCUCUCUUGGUGGGAGUGCAUGCAUGCCAGCAAGUUGAGCUGCAUGCUAGCAAAUCAGCUCUGUCCUGCUUUCUUUGCCUGGAGUGGCACCUGGCUGAAACUUCUUGUCUUGUGAUUCUAUGUAAUGUGUAGUCUAGCUUGCAGCCUGCUCAUCACUCCUGCCUUCACUAAGCACCUGAAUUAACAUCAAACCCAAAUUCUCCUUUGCUUUCAGUAGAAAGCGCAGUCAGCUGAAUGUUCACAGAACUGGUGUCAGACCUUUGUUCUCAGUACAAAUGGGGCAGAUUGAGGGUGGGGCUUGCACCCACACCCCUGCUCCUCUGGAGCUUUAGCUUUCAAGUGUUCAGGGGACUUUGGAAACAAGCUGGAGGGCCGUUGUGGAUGAGGUCUUUCUCCUCAAGCUCUUGAUUUGACAAAGAAUCCCUCCUGCGGGAUGGAAUGUAAACAUUUGCUUAAAAGAUAAGCAACUGUGCAAGAUGGGGACACUGGGAACCAAAUGUCCAGAUUCUCAAAUCCUCCCAUGUUAGAAUGCAUAGAUGCUUUAGGCUUGGUUUCUGCCUGAUUAAUGACCCCAUUGACCCAAACACAACCAAUUGGCCAUGCAAGGUAACUCACCGGGGGCCUAAUAAGCCUCCAUGUUUUGGUAUCUCUGUGGGACUUCCAGUGAAGGAGCCUCGUCAAGCAGCUGCCAAGCUGGCGGGCCUGUCUCAUUUUGCCUCUGUUCUGAAUUGCUACCGCUCACAAACUAGAACUAUUAAUGAUCACACUGUAUCACACACAGGUUUUCACUGUGGCCUGCCUUGGCUAAGUCUUCAACGUGUUUUGGUUUGGGUUGGUGGCAUGGCAGAUCCCCACGCCCCCCCAUUUUCCUUUUGAACACAUCACCAAAGACAUCUUGUGAAGUUUGUUGUCAAAUGGUGUAACUCUUGUUGAUAAUGUAUUUGUGUAAAAAAAACAAAACACCAACAACUCUGUGCUAAUAAGAAUGUUCUUCUACAAAUGUGUGUGUAAGCAUUUUGGUUUUUACAUAUUUAAUGGGGAAAAUUUAAAAAAGAAAAGAAAAUCAUUUUUAUACAAGUGUGUACAACAGUUUGACUCUGCCCUGGUAAUUUGACCUGUUUGUAAAGGAUUUUUCAAUCUUCGUACUAUAUAACCUUUCCUCUGUCUCUCUUUAAAAUUAUUUCCUUAUCUGAUUUGGUCUGUGGCUAAAACAAUGAUAUGGCACACAGAAAUGACAGCAGGACAAUGGGGUUGCAGAAGCAUGAACGUCUGGCUGCUUGUUCCUCUUUCUUCCUGUGGUCCUGUUUUUUGGAUUCUUGGCCAGUGGUAGAAGUACCUGCUUUGCAUUCAGAAGGUCUUGGGUUCCGUUCCCAUAUCUUCACUUAGGGCUGGGAAAGAUGCUUGCCUGAAACUGCAGAGCCAAGGCUUGUCAGUGUAGAGAAUGCUAAGCUAGAUGGACCAUCAUCUGACUCAGGGUAAGGCAUCUUCUUGACUUGAAAGACAUAGAACAGGAUGGCAAACCUGUGGCCCUCCAGAUAUACAGUGAUGCCACGCAAGACGAAAUUAAUUUGUUCCGCGAGUCGUUUUGUAUUGCGAAAAUUUCGUCUUGCGGUUUUCCAAUUUAAACAAAUCCAAGAAAGAAAGAAAGAAAAAAAGCGUCUUGCGAAGCACGGCCAUAGAAAAAUUCGUCUUGUGAGUCAACAAAAAGAUCACAAAAUGCUUUCGUCUUGCAAGUUUUUCGUUGCGCGAGGCAUUCAUCUUGCGUGGUACCACUGUAUUGGACUACUGUCUCCAUCAUCCCUAACCAUUCACCAAGCUGGCUGGGGCUGAUAGGAGUCCACCAACAUCUCUGGAGAGCCAUAGGCUCCUCACCCCUGACCUAGAAGGUAAGGAAGGUUGACCAGUAGUGAAGCUAAUUGUAUUUUAGAACUGUUUAUGCAGAAUGUGGUAGGAUCUUGGAUAUGGGUCAUUUUUUGAUUGUUUCCCCACACUAAAUGGGGGUGGGGGGAGACCCUCACUGCACAUCAAAAAUUAGUACUGAGUGGAAAUGUUUAGCAUGGCCUUUUUUCAUGGCUAGUUCACCAUGAAGAUAGUUUUUAAGUUGGGGAACAUUCAGAAAUUGGACCCCCCCCCAGACAGUCUAAAGCGAUCCAACUUAGAAUUAUGCCAGCUCAUCUUGCCCCCUUCAGUAAUGUGCCAGAUGGCUCUUAGGAAAAAAAUUAAAGGCCAUGUUGAUUUGUGUCUGACUUUAACCCAGGUCAUUGCCCACUGUAGCCCCUUCACUAAUACUGUUGUCUUUCUAAGACUAAGAAUAGCUUUGCCAAUGAAGACAUUCAGUAGUCCAGUGAGUAGAUGAAAGUCUGUACAAUCAAAGCUUGCAUAUUUGGCUGCAAUCCAAAGAGGUGAAAUGCAUUCAAAAGAGAGCAAUGUGUGCAAAUACAUAGCUUUGACUUUUAAUGUGCCAGAACUGUUAAUAGAACUGUUUAAUAGAACUGUUUCCCCAAUUGUUGAAGAGGCAAGCCACUAUCCAUGGUAAAAAGCUCUUUUUCUCUACAGUCAUUGGAACUGUUGCUUGAUGAGCAAAGACUGAUUGUUUGCAGAGUUCUGCACUGUGCUUGCCUACAAUAUCUGAUGAUGCUCAUUUGAGGCUGUUUCUUUUUCUCCCCAUGUAGCAUAAUGUUUUUAUAACAAGAGGUCCAGAAUCUUCAUGUGUGAUUCUAGUAGGACUUGUUGGAUGGUGUGGGACUGCUUUGGAGAGGCUUCUUUUCAGGUUUUGCAAUCUUGUGCAGAUCCAUUGGGUUCAAGCCAAGGAAUACUGGGGAUUCAAGCUAGGAUGCCUGUUGCAAUGGAGCAACAGUUGGUUGGUUAGUGUUAAGUGGUUGGGCAUGGAGAUAGCAUUGGUACUAUUACUAGAGGAAUAGGCAACAUGAAUUCACAUGCUCUAAACCACUGAUAUACAACAUGGUGGCCUGCUCCAAAGUGGGUUGCAACAGGCGCACUACCCAGUGGCAUCGCCCUGGGUUCCACGUAUGGGAGGGUGACAAGAAGGCACCCUGCAGGGUCCUCGCCCUGCCACCCCAGCCCGGGAGCGGCGGCGUGAGCAGCCAUCACGCCACCACAGCCGCAUGUGGAGGAUCCUCCAUUCGCAGCUGCAGUCGCAAGCAGAGGAUCCCGCCACCAUCCAUAUGGCAUUCAAGCGGCGCUGGCGGCAAACCGCUACAUACAACACAUGCGUGGUAUCGCACACAUGCGCUGUGCAUAACAAUGCUGCACAUGCGCUGUACAUAGUGGUUUGCCACCGGUGCUGCUGGAGUGCCAUACAGACGGCGGUGGGAUCUCUCCCUGGCUCGCCGUAAGCAGCUCCUGCUUUGCCACUUUACAGUGAGCCAGGGAGGGGCUGACAGGAGCCAUGUCUCCCCCUCCCUUCCUCCCUGGCUUGCUGUAAGUGGCUCCUGCUUUGCCGCUUUACAGCAAGCCAGGGAGGGGUGGAUGGGAGCUUCCACGAGGAUGAGCUGCGCAGCUUUGCCAGCGCCCUGGCAAAGCCGCAGAGCUCCUCCCUCCCCUGACAGCUCAGGGUACUUGGGAGUCACAGGGGUGGGGGCGCAGAGGCAUAGGAGGGGGGUGGACAUUUGGCGCCCACCCGCGACUCCCAAGCCUACCCUGAGCUGUCGAUUUGGGGGGGGGGGUUUGACAAAAAAAUUCGCACCGGGUACCACCUGGGCUUGCUACACCUCUGGCACUACCACCAUGCAAACAUAUGGUGCAAAAUUGAGAAACUGGUCCCGAAAUGCAUAUUCAGGUUAAAAGUGGGUCUAAAAAGGUUGAAGAUACCUGCUCCAACUCAUGCUGACUUCUAGCCUAGUGUGAUCUAGGGGUGGUUAGGGGUGGGUUUGCUUUACAGUCCAUUAGCAUGUGUUUAAAACUACGGGACUUCAGGAUGUCUUGCCAGAUAAGGCAUAACUAAGCUGUGCUAAGUGAUCCUGUGGAUGCACUCUUGCUUAAGAAUUUAAGAAGUCAUUUGCUGGGAUCAUAUUGAGCUCCAGCUAAGUCCGGCACAUUUGCAAAAGUCCCAACAAUCAGCAGGCGGCAGAUGGUCCAGUUCUUACCUCCCUCCAGAUUAAGAAUAAGUGAACAGUUUUUACAGUGGAGGGAAGGAAGAUGUGGAAUCUCCCCACAACCUGUACCGAGACCAGUUCCUUUUUUUAACUUUGUCAGAAGCGAUCUGGAGUUAGGGGUGAGCAGUGAGUUUGCAGAUCAUACCUUGUUAUUUUAGUGUUUUGAAUGUCCAGAUGGGUAGGAAAGAGCCCUGAAAGGAUUGCUUUGCAAAUGGGGCGAAAGAGCAACAAAACAGCAAGUUAAGAUUCAGUGUGGGUGUAAAGUGAUGUACGGUAUGCUGGAGCAAAUAAAUCCUAACGUUCUACACAUGCUGAGGGGAUUAAGAACAGGUAAUCAGGAAAGAUAUUUAGGGUGCAUGAUGAAUAUAUAGAUCAAUGAAAACAUCAAGCCAGUAUGAAGCAGGUGGAGGAAAUGGCGAACUCCUUGCUAGGGAUUAUUAGGAAAAGGAUUGAAAAUUAAAAGCUACAGUAGUAUAAUGCCCUUAUACAAAUUUAUGGUGUGGCCAUGCACACAAUGCAGUGUAUGGUUCUGGUCAGUGAAUCUCAUAAAGAAGAAAGGGCAACCAAAAGCCUUUAGGUUAUCCUUCCUUAUAGGAUAAAGUUUAAAUGUGGCUUUUUUUAAAGGAAGAAAGAAGUGACUAAAUACUAUAAUAAUAAUAAUAAUAAUAAUAAUAAUAAUAAUAAUAAUAAUAAUAGAAGAAGAAGAAGAAGAAGAAGAAGAAGAAGAAGAAGAAGAAGAAGAAGAAGAAGAAGAAGAAGAAGAAGAAGAAGAAGAAGAAGAAGAAGAACCUGCCUGAGAGUAGUAAGCCCUACUGAAUUCAAUAGGGGUUACUUCUAAUGGAACAUGAUUAGGAUUGUACUUAAGGCAGAAUGAUGGGCUGCUUAAAUUGUACAGGUGUUUCUCCCUCCUUUGUAACACCAGAAGGGAUAAUCAAAAAACAAAAACAAAAAAGCAACCAUUGAUUAGUGGUAGAUUCAUAAGACGAGAGUUUCUUCAUUGCAUGCAUAAUGCAACUUACUGAAUUGGCUGCCUUAGGAAUGGAUUCAUUUAUUCUAUGUAUGUCUCUUUCCUCCAUAGAGCUUACUGUGGCAUACAUGUUUCUCCCUCCCCCCUAAUGCUACAUAUAUAAUGCAGGUCAGAUUACCAGGUGCUGUGCCUAUACUGCACAUCCGGGAUUUAUCUAUUUUUCUAUAGGUUUCAUUGUUGUUGUAUACAUUCAUGGAAAUUUUUUAUGGGCUGUUCUUUUUACUGUCUAUUUUUAAAGAAAGGUGCAAUUUUCGGUUUUGAAGGGGGGGAAGCAUUGGUUACUGCUUAUACAUGUGCAAAACAGUGGCGGGGGCGCAGCAUGCUGUUCAUUAUAUCAGAGGUCAUUGCUGGACUAUAAACUGACAGCCGUCUUGGAAUAUUUCAAGGCCCCCUACCCUUUUCAUUCACACAUACCCCUUGCUUUUCUGGGCUCCAAUAUGCAUUUAAUAACUUUCUGUAACCCUUGUCGAAUACUGCUUGUGGUGUUCUCUCUCUCUCUCUGUGUCUAUUUCUGCUUUUGAUCUGUGAAGGGUGUCCCAUUUUCUUCUUGCAGGUCAUCUUGGUUGCUACUUAAAGUUAAUAAACUUGCUUUUGGUGAAAACUUGAUCCACAGUUAGGAUGGUUCUCCCCCAGAGAUUUACAGUAACAGAAGAAAGGGAAAUGGUAAAAACCAUGAAAUGUUUUCUCUGUUGAGUAAGAUUGCCAAGUUCCUUUCCCAUUUUUUUCCCUGGCUGCUCCUUUUUAGUAAACUAUGCCUCCUUGAGAUAGCUACAGCCUUUCAUUCCAUGGCCUUGGCAAGAAUGUGGAUUGACAUCAUGCUUUGUUACAGGGGAAAUUUGGAUGAAACUUAAAACAUCUGAGUCUUCUUCCCUCCUUCAAAGAUAAAAGGACUGAUUCUAAUAAGUAAAAAUCAAAUGCAUUCCAAUAGUUCUACUUUUCUUUGGAAGGAGAUAACUGCAAAGUCCUUUAUCAGUUGAAGAACACUGUUCACAUCUCAGUGUCACUUCCGGCCACUAUCUGUCUUUAUUGCACCAUCUUCAGGCUUGUGGGAUAUACUUUUGUUUUUCACUGAGGACCACCAGCUGAAGCCAGGUGCCACUGAAUCCAGGAAUUUUGUUUUGAAGUGCAAAACCAAGUGGAGCUCACAGUCCUUCCACACAGGAAUGCCCUCCUGGCUACCCCCAAGCUUUCUAACAUUUCUGCAGUACCAUGUAAGGCAGGGAGUAGAGUUGUUCUGUUGCUGCUAUUCUUAACCAGUUGGGAGUCAGAAAUCCUUGAGAUCUCCCAGCAGAUGCAGAUCUACCUUCUGCCUACCCCAGCCAUGAAAGUAUGCAAUGCAGGACAAAAAGUGAUGCAGCGUUCGAAGGAUGACAGUGUACUGUAUUUUCUGCCAGUGGGUUUUGAUAAACCUGUCCUGCAGCUUUUCAGGCAUAACGGGGGGGAUAGACUGACACUGAUUGUUUUACAGCCGAGGUGGUUUUCUCUCCAGGGCCAAUAUGGUUUGUGUAAUGCUUCUGCAACCAGUAACGCAUCUCUGCUUUUUUGAAAGUGAGGAAUAUAGUUCUCUAUAUAUUCCCCCCUUAAAAAAAAGAAAAGCCCAACCCUAUCUGUUGCACAAAUGGAAGGAGGAGAUUGAGGACUGCCAGACUUGCUGAUGAAACUACCUCUAGUUGCAAAGCUGGGUUGCACAAUGAAGAACCCUGCUGAAACAUCAGUAUUCACCUUCCACAAUGCUUGGAUACUCCUGCACUGACUGAAGGUGGGUGCAGUAACAUGGGGUUCCCACCACUUGGCCUUGCCUGUCCCUAUCCUUAUGUACCUAUUACAUAAUACUUCCAGGGUCAUGCCUGGAGACUGAUGCAUCACUGUUUUGCAGAGCAUUUGCUAAGUGUGUGUCUUGUCAUUGCUUGUUUUCCUACAGCACCCUCAGUGUGGGGCGCUACUUCUCUCUCCCAGUGUUUUUGAGGUGUCAGUUUUCCUGCUUCAGGUCACCUAAAGUGAGAGAAGGCGCACUGAGAAUGGCAGGAAUUGAAAAUAAUUUCCACCCCAAAAAGGGAGUUGGUAUCUGCUUUGCAAAGCCGUGAAGAUAAUCUCCCUAUUUUGGAGGGGGAGGGAAUAAUUUGAUAGUUCAAUUGGUGCUCAUCUUCCAAAAUAAGUUAUAAGAGCUGGUCUGCCAUACUGGUUUGCUAAAAAUGGCUCAAAGCUCGCCCCUGCUGCCACCUCUGUAGGUGACUACCUUCAGUUAUUCACUCUUGGCUGGCUCCUAAUCUGUGAUGGGUGGAUAAGAACACUGAUCUACUUUACAGAGUUGCACACACUCAUUGUGAAGAACAGAGAGUGGUUUUCAUCCUUGCUGCAACACUGGGCUAGGAGGAGAAACCUCCCAGCCCUGAGCUGUCAUGGGGAUGAAAAACACUGACUUGACUUUGUUAGAUCUGCUCUUUUCCCUGUUUCCUAAAGUGCUAAGACCUAACAAUAUUGCUGUGCCAGAAGAGGAUGAGCCCCCUUUGCUGGGCAAAUGGAGGUCUAAAGGGAGAGGCUAGGCCCCUGGUUUUUGCAAAGGGCUGGUGAGCCACUGAAAGUAGCUUCAUGGGCUGGGUACAGGCCGUGUGGGCUUUGCACCCAUGUUAUGGGAAUUACUGACAUAAUGUCUGUAAGAUGCUUUAAAUCACUGAAGCACUAGAAUUGUAUACUAAGUGUUCCUCCUAAGCCUUGGUAGGCUUAAACAUUCCAUUGUAGUACUGUAUUUUGGGGGUUGGUUUUGGUAAAUGGCUAAUGUUUUGGUACAGGGUUUACAUGUAAAGGCUUUAGAGGGAAGUGAUUUUAUGUACCCUAAUCCAGAGAAGAUGAUGCACAUGUGGAUCUCCAAAUUAGGGAAUGUGGCCAUAAGGCAAAUCCAGAUGUCCACUCUGCUGCUUUCAGUAGGAUGCCCACAUAGCUGGAUUUGGGGGGGGGGGGUGGACUGCAUAGAGCACUGGUAGAAUCCUGUGCCCCUCCAGGUGUUGUUGGACUCCCAACCCACAUCAGCCCAGCCAGUAUGGCCAAUGGUCAGGGAUGGUGAGAACUGAAGUCUAAUAAUACAUGGAGAUUCAAGAUUCCCAACCCCUCAUGCAGAUGUAAACCCUUUACCAGAGUCUUCCACUGUCCUGAGUUAAUUGGUGACCUAGGAUGCAUAGGCCCAGUUUUACUUCUUGCCCUAGAACUUUGAAACCAUUCCUACUGAAGGCAGUAGGAUUUCUCAUAAGUACCGUAAGUGGUUUCAGGUUUUCAGCCUCUCAUUUAAACACUGCCAGAUAUUCAUUUACGCGGUUUUAUUUAAACAAACUCUCACUCCAUCAUUCUCCAUUGCUGUGUCAGCUGGUUUAUGUUUUUGCUGAAGUUUCAUUAAUAUUGGUUUAUUUUAUUUUCAUUUUAUCUUCAAGUUUUUAAUGUGUUUUUCUGUGUUUUGCAAUGUAUGCCCUCCUUGCUGAAGUCUAAUAAAUCUGAGGGUUUUUAAAGAGA